CGCGUUUAGACGUAACUCACGGCGCCGGGAAAGAUGGCGGCUUUGGCCGGGUGCUUGCGGUGUGCUCUGAAACCGUUGCUGCCUGUCGUCCAGACUGGGGACCUCGGAGCGCGGCGCUGGGUCCGGGCGCUGCGGAGGAACCCUGUGAAAGUAGUAUUUCCAUCUGGAGAAGUGGUGGAAAAGAAGCGCGCUCCCGGGAAGCAGCCCCACGAGGCAGCCUCUGAAGCCAAUCCCGAGGAACAGCGACGUAAACAGCCACUUCAUAUGUCCCCAUCCCGGACUCCUAGCACCUGGGAAGAAGCAGGGCUUCACUACGAUAAGGCUUUUCCUGGAGACAGUAGGCUGAGGAGUAUAAUGACUAUCGUUAAGUCCAGGUCAUUUCGAGAAAGGAAAGGGAAGAUUCUGUUGGAAGGUCGCAGGCUGAUUGCAGACGCCCUCAAGUCAGGAGCUGUACCAAAGGUUUUUUUCUUUAGCCGUCUAGAUUACGUUAAAGAGUUGCCGGCUGAUAAGUUGAAAGGAGUCAGCCUCAUAAAGGUGAAAUUUGAGGAUAUCAAGGAUUGGUCCGACCUAGUUGCUCCACAAGGAAUAAUGGGGAUAUUUGCCAAACCUGACUCUGUUAAGAUGACAUAUCCAGAGACUCAGCUUCACCAUUCACUACCUUUAUUGUUAAUUUGUGACAAUCUCCGUGACCCUGGGAACCUAGGUACAGUUCUGAGAUCUGCAGCUGGGGCAGGCUGCAGCAAAGUGUUACUCACCAAAGGCUGUGUGGAUGUCUGGGAGCCCAAAGUCCUACGGGCAGGGAUGGGGGCACAUUUCCAGGUGCCCAUUAUCAACAAUCUGGAGUGGGAAUCAGUUCCCAACUAUCUGCCCCCUGACACCAGGGUCUACGUGGCAGACAACUGUGGUCUCUACACCCAGGCCCAGAUGUCUAACAAAGCGAGUGACCAUGGCUGGGUGUGUGAUCAACGAUUCCUGAAGUUUCACAAGUACGAGGAGGAGGUAGAGGAAGACAAGGAUCUAGAGACCGGAGCCAAUAAAGGUUGGCUCCCUGAUCUCGAGGUGCAGAAUUAUGACUUGGACUGGACAGAGGCACCUGCAGCUGUGGUGGUAGGUGGGGAGACCCAUGGUGUGAGCCUGGAGUCCCUGCAGUUGGCCGAGAGCACGGGGGGCAAGAGGCUGCUGAUCCCUGUUGUGCCUGGUGUGGACAGCCUGAACUCGGCCAUGGCUGCGAGCAUCCUGCUCUUUGAAGGGAAAAGACAGCUACGGGUAAGGGCAGAACACUUGAGCAGGGACAGGAGUUACCACUGAGAGGAUGCCUGUAGCUUCUUCCCUGGCACAGUGUUAGGAGAUUGACACAGUUGGCAACUGUGGCUUCCCAGGCUACAUGCAGGAGGCAGGAAGUAGGCAUUACUGCCAUAUGGUUAUUGGAGCAGUAAGCAUUUCUAUAGAAGAUUCUUCUUUUCAUCAUAAACAACAAAGGUCAUAAUUCUCCAUAAGAUCUCCCAUCACCACCAGUUUUUGAGGCUUAUGGAUGAUCCAUGAUUCGGUAUAUACCUAUUUUUAAAACUACCCAUUAGGGCUGGGAUAUAGCUCAGUGGUAGAGCACUUGGCUAGCAUGCACAGAGCUCUGCGUUCUAUCCCCAGCACCUCAAAAAACAGUUACUAAGGAGUAUUUUUUGUCCAGAGUUUCCCAAGACAUCGUCUUGGUCAGUAGAGAAUUCCCUCUACCAGCUGGGGGGUGUCUUACAGCUACAAAGCCCUGGUUAUAAGCCAUGGCUGAGUCACUCUCAUCUGAUCAUUGGUCAUUGGAAAAUAAACUCUUAUGAAGUACAGAACCGGAGAUUACAUUAAAAAGUUUCAUUUAAGUGUCUUUUCAUCUUUGGCCUAGUGAUGAGAACAUUGCUCAGAGACUAGUAGGCUGUAGGUCAUGGAAUUUACCAGCUGGCUGUUUUGGGGGGGCUGGAUUGUCAGUCUCGGGUUGUUUGUUCAGGCCCUCACUACAGCAGCGACUGUUUCUCUCCCUGGCAAACAGCAGAAAAGGUUAAUUCAUCAAGUGGUCUCAUACCUUGUCAACUCUCCAAAUUUGAGAACUAUGCAGAAAAGAAAUUGAGUUUUAAAAUCUGUGACUUAACAUUGCAUUUGUCAGGAGAGCUCUAAGUAGCUUUCUCCUGUAACAAGUCCUUGUUAUGGUUUACAUCUAGCCUGUCCUACAAGUCUCACGUACUCAGAGGAGGACUUGCAGGUGAUUGGAUCUGAGGGCGAUAUACUUAGCAGUGGAUGAGUCCUUUAAUGAGUUUGUGGCUGAGUGGGCUGUUAGAAGUCACUGGGAAUGUGACCUGGAACAGUGUAUUCUUGUCCCCAGCUUUUCCCUUCCCUCUCUGCUUCCUCACUGCUAUGUGAAUAGCUU